AUGCUCUGGAUGCUUCGGAAAACGACAACUAGAGAGCGGAACGGAGCUGAGAGCCUGCACGGGGUGUCAGGUCGUCAAGUACUGCGACAAGGUGGGCGCAACCCAACCCAAACCAACCCAGCGCAUAACCACACCAUUAACACCAUCCAGACAUGUCAAUCAAAGGACUGGAAAUUCGCCCACUCCCUCGAAUGCGCCAUCUUCUCCAAGCUCAAGCCGCGCGUCCUCCCCGUCAACGCGCGCGCCGUCCUGCGCAUCGUCCAGCGCAGCGCACGGCGGAAGUACACGCCCCAGGAACUAGAUCUCUUCCAGCAGCUCGAGACGCACGAGAAGGAGAUCCGCCACGAGAACGCCCCGCAAUGGGAGCGCAUCGCCCUCUCCUCAAAGGCCGUCAAGGCGUACUCGCAGACCGACACGCCCGAGGACACGAUCUCCGCUUUUGGCGCCAAACUCGACGUCAACUCCUUCAACAUGACCACAGCCCUGGCCGACCGCAUCGGCCUCUACCUGCACCCGUACGCCGCCCUCAUCAACCAUAGCUGCGCCUACAACGCGGUCAUCGGCUUCGACGGCGCCGAGCUCUUCGCCACCGCGCUUCGGCCCAUCACCCGCGACGAGCAGAUCUUCAUCUCCUACGUCGACGCCACGAACCCCGUCGCCGUGCGCCGGAACGAGCUCCGCGAGCGGUACUUUUUCGACUGCCGCUGCGCGAAAUGCGCCGCCGAGAUGGACGCCCCUGACGGGGGGCGCGCGCCCGCCGCCGCCGACGCACAGCGCAAGGCCUACACGCUCAUGGAGGUCGCCACGGGCGCUGGGGUGGACCCGGCCGAAGCGGUGCGGGCGUUGGAGAGCGCGAUGCGGACGCUCCGCGAGAGCGAGGGGGCGUCGUGGCGCAUCACGGAGCAGCCGCUGGUGUCGCUGCGCGACGAGCUGAUUGCGUCGCUGUUGGGUGCGGGGCGGUUCCAGACGGCGUUUGUGCAGGCUGCCAUCCGUGUUGUGCGGGUCGACUGUGUGGUGUAUCCGGUGCGCGGGCAUCCGAUUCGGCAGCUCCAUGCGUGGACGCUGGCGCGGCUGGCGAUUCAUCUGUCGCAGGGGAUGGAGGAGGAAGAGGAGACGGGUGGGCUGCGGGUGGCGUCGUUUGAGCUGGAGUUCAGUCUGCUGGUUUGGUCUUUGCUGAAGCUGUGCGGUGCCGAGCUUCAAACGCAUGGUCAGGGCGGCGUUUGGGGAGGUGCAUCGCGAGUUCCUGGACAAGGGCGUGGACCCGAGGGGCAUGGGUGA